UUGCCCUCAACGCCGCCUGGCCACACUGAGAUUCGCGUGUAUGUGUGCAUUACGCGUAUUAUUACGCGAAUUAAGAGCGUCGAAUUGAAACAAAUAUUUGGGAGUCGAGCCGGUCGCCAGAGUUCCACGGUUGCCGCCAACGCCGAGCCUAGGUAUCCAGCCAACCGGGCCAUGUACGCCACGAACAAUGGCGGCACGAACAAGGCGCCAAACAGCAAUGCCACCUCCAUGUUCGACAACACCAUCACAGUGACGCCCAUUAAGGUGGAACUGGGCCAGGCGUAUGCAAAGUCACAGAAUCCUGCGGCGGCGGUGGCCAUGCAGCGAAGGACUCCCAAUGCAGUGGUGGUCACCACGUCCUCCUCUUCCUCCGCGCAACAACAACAGCAGCAGCAACAACACCAACAACAGCAGCAACAGCAUCAGGCGAUACCCAUGGGCAGUCUGGUAUCCAAUGCCUGCACCUUGGUUAAUCCCAGCAUGAGUGUGACGGUGAACACCACCACCACCACCACCGGGAGCACCGCCAAGGAGCCCAAGACCACCAAGGCCACGCGGGCUCAGGUGGCCCGCAAACCGCCGCCCACCAUCGACAACUUCUGGCCAAACAUUGUAAGCGAGGUGCACGGAAUUGGCCAGGUGGAUGCCAAGCACCAGGUGCUGCCGCUGGCGCGCAUCAAGAAGAUCAUGAAGCUGGACGAGAAUGCCAAGAUGAUUGCCGGCGAGGCGCCGCUGCUGUUUGCCAAGGCCUGCGAGUACUUCAUCCAGGAGCUGACCAUGCACGCCUGGGUACACACCGAGGAGAGCCGGCGGCGCACGCUCCAGCGCUCGGACAUUGCCCAGGCCAUCGCCAACUACGACCAGUUCGACUUCCUCAUCGACAUUGUGCCGCGCGAGGAGAUCAAGCCGUCGUCGGCGCAGAAGGGCAAGGAUGGUGGCAGCAGUUCCGGCUCCAGCGGAAUGGCCGGUUCGGCCAGCGGCCAUGCCGCCUCCACGUCCAACUCAGCCACCUCCAAUGCGGCCGCCUCCGUGGCUGGCACUGCUUCCGCCACGGGCAACUUUGUAGCCAGUGGAUCCAAUGUACCUGCGGCGACGGCUGGCGGCCUCAAGCUGGACACCACGGGCACAGCACCAGCCGCGGAGGUGCUCGGCUUUAGCACCGUCAAUCCGGAUAUCUUCUCAGCGCAACUGCAGCAGCAGCAACAACAGCAGCAGCAGCAACAUGCCGCCCAACAGCAGCAGCAACAACAGCAGCAGCAGCAUCACCAAGCGCAUCCUCAGCAAGUACAGAUCAUUCAGCAGGGCGCCGGUGGUCAGCAGUUGCAGUACUUCAUCGCGCUGCCCGGCCAGCAGGCGGCGCAGCUCGUCCAGCAGGUGCAACAGCAGCCGCAGCCCGCCCAGAACCAUCUGCCCAACAGCCUGGGCAUCAACAUAGUCUCGGCCCAGCAACCCACGCAGCAGUUGAUCCUCACCGCCGGUCCCAAUGGCCAGCUGACCGCCACGCCAGCGCCGCAAACGGCCGCUCAGCAGCAGACGGCCCUGCUCCAGAAUCUCGCCCAGCAGCAACAGCAGCACCAGCAACAACAGCAGCAGAUCCAGCUUCUCCAGCAAGUGGUGACGCCCACCGGCGAGCUGACUAAUGUACCGAUCGCCAUCAAUGCCAACCACUUGCAUCUACUGCAGCGGCUGCAAAUGCAACAGCAGCAGCAACAACAGCAGCAGCAACAGCAGCAGCAGCAACAACAGGUCAUCAUCCCCACCCAGCUGCUGACGGCGCAGCAACUGCUGCAGUUAGGCGCAGCACCCACGGUGGCGCAUCAGCAGCAGCAACAGCAGCAGCAGCAAGUCCAGGUGCAAGUCCAGCAGCAGCAUGCCAAUCUCAGCCAGGGCAACGCCAGCGCAGUGGCCAGUGGCACGCCGAUCUUCAUCAACUCGACCAUGUCCAGUGCCCAGGCGGCUACGCAGGUUCAGCAGCAGGCGGCGCAACAGCAGCAACAGCAGCAGCAGGUGCAAACGAUCUCCACGAUGUCCGCGGAUCGCACACUAACCGGCGGAUUUCGGUAAAAGAGAGAACGGGAGAGAACUCAAUCCGAACGGACGGUCAGUUGGCAAUCAUAUCGAAGCAUCGGGAGGCAUUGGAAUCGGGAAUCGGAAAUCGGGCAUUGGCAACAACGGGCAUUGAUUGCGCCAUCCCCUGUCAUCCAGCACAAUGUAUAAUAUUAUAGUUUACGUAGGUGUAUACCAUUGUAUAUCGGAGGAGAUUAUAUAUAGCUAGUGUCUAAGACGUAGGCAUCAUGUGUGUAGAAAAGAUUUCUCAAUUGUAAUUUAUUGCUGUCCCCAAUGGCUGCAGGUUUCACCUCCUUCAAAAAAGAAAACACCGCCACAUCCACCACCUCUUUUAAACCUAGCACUUAGAGAGAGAAUAUUGGGAACCUUAGUGUACGACGCGGAUGCCACCGAUCCAAAGCAUAACCCAGCGUUUCGUGUGGCAUCCGCGGUUUAUUAUGUAUUUGUACUUCUAACUAAGCUAAGCUCUGAUAAACAAUUAUAAGCCACCAAGGACUAUGUGCCAGA